GGUAUCGUCUACCGGUCAAUCCAUAGAUUAAAAUUUCUGGCGUCGCUCUGCUGUAUUUAUCCGUCCCGUUCCCUCUAUAAAUAUCCUGCAGAACCGUCUGUUAGCUCUUUCUCCUUCCUGACAAGCUAUGGCGCGGACAUCGGGCUGGAACACCACGGCAGCAAUAGUGACCGGGGCCGCUUGUGCCCUGGCCGGGGCCGCUCUGGCCGGCUACCUUUUGUCCGGCCGGCGCCCAAAGAAACGGACCAAGAUCAUUGAGAUGAUGGAUGAACUCCAGAAGGAAAAUGUCCACAUCAGGGAUCCAGAGAGAGUGGAGAAACUGCUGUGUCAGCUGAUUCAGGAUGGCAAGAGUAAACUACAGGUCAUCACUGAUUUUGACUACACAAUCACCAGAUGGGCCUACAAAGGCACAAGAGUUGCUGCAAGUUUCAAUGUACUAGAGAACUCCAGCUUGGUGCCUGAGUCCAAAAAACAAAUUCUGGAUGAAUUGAGAGAUACCUACUACCCUAUAGAGAUCAAUGCCAAGAUGACAAUAGAGGAAAAGAUACCCUUCAUGAUGGAGUGGUAUACAAAAGGCACCGGAGUUCUCGUUGAGUGCGGAUUGAAGCAGUCUGAUCUAUCCCUCGCUGUUAAGGAGUCAAAUGCUCGAAUGAGAGAUGGCUGUGAUUGGCAGUUCCACACGCUCCACGAGCACAGCGUGCCGAUGUUGAUCUUCUCUGCAGGGAUCGGGGACAUUCUGGAGGAGAUCAUCAAGCAGCACUCCCAGAUGUACGCCAACAUGAGGGUCGUGUCCAACUACAUGGACUUCAACCAUGAUGGUAUGUUGGUGGGUUUCAAGGGGGACCUUGUGCACACGUACAACAAGAACGAGGGGGCCCUGCGGAAUUCUGACUACUUCACAACGCUGAAGGAGCGCCGCAACAUCAUCCUGAUGGGGGAUUCAAUGGGAGAUCUCAGGAUGGCGGACGGGGUGCCUAACAUGCAACAUAUCCUCAAGAUAGGGUUUCUCAAUGACAAUAUUGAGGAGAGGUUAGAAAAAUACAAGGAAGCAUAUGACAUUGUGCUAGUGUCAGAUGACACCAUGGAUGUGCCAAAUGCUAUCAUGAAAAAGAUUCUAUAGUAUAGAGGCCAUUUUAUCAUGUAUCCUAUCCAUAUAAGGCCAUGUAAGCUUGGUUUCCUGUGGGUAUAUCUGGAGACAACGGAUUGCUAAAUUGCACAGUUGGGGAAUUCAGUACUCUGGAAUUCCUUGGCUGUGAAAGGACUUCUUGUGCACCACCAACUUAUAACUAUUAACCGUUAGUCCCUUCUCUGGAAGCAAUGUUUUCAGUAGUAAGGGUCCCAGGCUACUUGCCUAUCAUACACUAGUAUUUACAGCCAUAAAUAGGAUGGAAUGUCUACAAUCAAGGUCAAAUCAACAUCCUUUUUCUCAGCUGUGGAAUUCACGUAUAACUCACUCACUCACGUAUAAAACGUAUGAAUUCCAUGGUCAAAUGUUGUAACAAGAAUCAAGCUGACAAAACAGAGUGUAACAACCAAUGAUCAUUUUCUUUGUACCUGAAACAAAAAAAAGGUAUCAUUGGUUGCUAUUGUCCCAAUUAGUAUCAGCAAUUUUUUUAGCUUGUUGUUGAGGUACAUCAAAAUGUAAAGGCUGAUGUCUAUAAUUUGUUUUUGUGGCCUAAGUAGGAUGUAUCGGGGGAGAGGGCAGUUUUACAUACUAACAUUCUCAAAAGAUCAUUGAUUUUAGAUUAUAGUUUGAAAUUUGAAAACUUUUAGAUUUUUCUCCUUGUAGUUAAUAACAAAGGGCAAUUUGAAGCAAAUUAUUCAAAAACAUUUGUAAGAAAAUAGAUACUUAAGUCUAUAAGAUAUGUUCACAGUAGAGGAAGAGAUAUUGAACAUCUAAUCAAAACAUUUUCUGAAAGUUGUGUUAGAAAUUGCGCUGUUAAAAGAAUGAUCAUGAAUACUUAUCAGCAAGUCUUGGCAAAUUUGCUUUCUUGAAGUGAGGAUUGCCAAUCUGCUUGCUGUUCUCAGUAUACCUUGAAAUUCUGCUCUGCCAAAUUACUGGUAGAGCAUUUUCAGUAUUGUGCUCAUUGUCACAUGGGGCAAUGAGUUCUGAAGCUACCUCAAAUAAUUUUCAUAUUGCGCUGCGGCUUUUUUACCAUGAUGUUUUCCUUUUUUGUGUGUGGUGGAGGGAUACAUGGAAAUAUUCCCUGACAUUCUUCAGUGCGUAUUCUCACAAGGGCUAAAACGAAACAAAACAUGCAUAGUUAUAGUUGGAUUGCACUUACACGUAGGUAAAUUCAUAUGUAGUGAAUUGGAUAUUAAGAAUAGUCUUAAAAGUAGAAUGUGUGGGUCUUUUAGUAUUUUGCUCAACAAAUAAAAAUCAUCAAGAUUUUGAGUGGCCAUUCAGAUUUUAGCUGUUUAUACUAUGCUGUGGUGCAAUGGUGAAAACAGAAACAGUGAAUUACCAGACAUACGUAACAUAAAAUAUUAUCUCAAAGGGUCAAAUGUAGGGUCCAUCUGUCACAUACAUUCUUGUUGCAUCAAGUUUGUCCUUAAGUGGCCUGCAUUUGUCUCUCCUCAAAAAUGCAGACCAUUACAAAAUAUAACAGAUGUAUAAAAGAAGUCCAAUCCCACAUCUGCCUUUUGUUGAAGUAAACAACAUUGUAUUUUACUCCUGCACCAGUACUCAUUGUAUCAAAGUGUUGGAUUUUUUAAUUAUUUCUUGGUGUUUUAAUCUUGCUGCUUCAGUCAGAUAAUGAUGACUAUGGUCAUGUUUUUCAUGAGAAAAGCCAGACUUCUCAUAAAAUUCUAAUGAUAUGUGAUAUAUACAUAUAUAGCUGCGUAUGAGUAUUGUAAAUUUCUGGAUGAUAUUAAAGUGAAGAUGAUU